CCCCUCUGUCCUUCCGUCCUGGGACCUUUACCUCCGCUCGCACUACCCGCGGAGGGACAACGCGCUCCUGCCUGCAGCGGGGGCGGGGACGCUGGGCUCGCGGCCCCACCGCCCCCGACGAUGAUGAAGCUGAGGCUCAGAGAAGGAAAGUGAGACACGCGUUUGCACAACUAGGUGAUCACCGUGUAGGAACCAGGUUGAGUCCAGCAGUGGGGACAGGAGCCCAGACCUCUCACCAUGGUCCCCUCCGGGUGUAGGUGGUUGGCCGCAGAGCCCAUGCCGUGAGGCCAGGAGUCACCCCUCUGCCAGCAUGCCGUGGGAUGCUCAGCGGCCCGGGGGCGGUGCGGACAGUGGGCCUGACGGUGCGAGCGCAGCCCGCUCCCGGGCCCAGAAGCAGUGCCGGAAGUCUUCCUUCGCCUUCUACCAAGCUGUGCGAGACCUGCUACCCGUCUGGCUGCUCGAGGACAUGCGCGCCAGCGAGGCUUUCCACUGGGACGAGCGCGGGCGCGCCACUGCCUACUCGCCGUCCGAGGCGCUGCUCUACGCGCUCGUGCACGACCACCAGGCCUAUGCGCACUACCUGCUGGCCACGUUCCCAAGGCGCGCGCUCGCGCUGCCCAGCGCCGGCUUCCGUUGCUGCGCCGCACCUGCGCCGCACGUGGCCCUGGCGGUGCGCUAUAACCGGGUGGGCAUCCUGCGCCGCAUCCUGUGCACCAUCCGUGACUUUCCGGCCGAGGACCGCGCGCGCCUGCUAGACCGACGUGGCUGCAGCCGUGUUGAGGGUGGCGGCACGUCGCUGCACGUGGCCUGCGAGCUGGCACGCCCGGAGUGCCUCUUCCUGCUGCUUGGCCACGGCGCCUUGCCCGGCCUGCGUGAUGGUGGUGGCCUCACGCCGCUUGAGCUGCUGCUGCGUCAGCUGGGCCUCGACUCCGGGGCCACCCCUGCUGCCGCAACGCCCGCUGUACCUGGGGAGCUGCGUCAGCGCCGCCUGCUGCUGCUUGACCUGUUGGUACUGUACACGCCCGCGGAUGUCGCCAGCCGGGCCCGUUGCGAGCUGCUGGCUGAACCGCUGCGCUGGCAGCGGCUGCUGGGCGAAGACAAGUUCCAGUGGCUGGCGGGUCUGGCGCCACCCUCGCUCUUUGUGCGCGCCAUGCAGGUGCUGGUCACCGCCAUCUCGCCCUGCCGCUUCCCCGAGGCCCUGGACGAGCUGCCGCUGCCUCCUUUCCUGCAGCCACUGGACCUCACUGGCAAGAGCUAGCCCACGGGGCACCCUGGGCACUGGAUUUUUGGAGAAUACUAUUUUUCAGAACGUUGUACCUAGCACUUUACAUAUAUUGAACUCU